AUGACGUCAAACGACGUACACGUGGCCCGCAUGGCGAGCAGCACGUGUCCAGCGGAACCCAAAGCCGCGAGGGGGACGGAAGAGUACCACGGUCUGGGAUCCACCCAGUCGCUGGUCAGGCGGGGGGGUGACAUCAUUGCGAUUGCCCACCCGCUCCCGAAGACUGGGUACAAGGCCCCGAACGCGUAUGGAGCGAAGCCAAUCUUCCAAGACGCCACGACGACGGGGUCCGCGCAGAAGGCCGUCCAGAAGGUGGGCGACGAGAAGAAGAAGCAGCUGAUGCCGUACGCGCCCAACGCGUCGCGCAACCGGCCCGCGGAGACGCGCACCAACACCGUCGGGCGGCGGACGAUCUCCACACGAAACGCCAGCCAAGUCAGGUUAGCAGACGGUGACCCCGACUCCCGGCGGCCUUCAAAGACGACGAACCAGGUUUACUCGGAGGGGAUCCUGAAAACGGACGUCAUCGGACUCAGCAACCAGGGCAUCUCGGCAGAGAUUGCAAGGAACAUGCAUGCGAAGCAGAGGCGAUAG